ACUAUUCGUAUGGAGGAGAGAAUGCACAGUCUAGCGAUCAUAAGAUUGAUGAGUGCAAGCUGUAAUAUUGUAUAUGUGGACUUGACAUUUUAUUCUGUGAAUAUCUGUUUUGACUAUUGUAUUUUUUCUUUAGGACAAGUCACAUUCGCAACAAUGGAGGAUUUUAAUCUAGCAUUCUCAGUUUUGAUAAAUAUGUGAACUUUGCCACUUACCUUGUACUCGUGGAUGAUGUAUGAGUUUCUACCUAGGUUACCUUAAGUUAAGCACAAUAUUAAGACUACUUCAGUAGUUACGAAUUGAUAAGAACUACCGAAUAUUUUAGUACAGUGUUUGUGUCACACACUUUCUUGAGGCACAUAAUACGUUCGUCGAAGUCGAGGUUUAAUUACUGGAAAGCCUUUGAUGGAGUUGUGCACACGAAGUUAAUUAAUCUACUUUAUCAAAUGAUGUAUUAUUUUGAAGUGUGUCCAUUGUGGACUGAAAAACAUUUCCAAAAAUAUGAGUUUGUAAAAUUGUCUAAUAUGAAGCAAAACAUGAAGAUUUAUUUGAAAAGUCUUUCAAUCCAUACAGUUUUAUUUUUGUUAUUGUGCUCCUUGAUGACUGUGCAGUCUUGUAAUGGUGAUCAUCAGAGUGAAAAAACAAUUUACACAAACCAUUUUGCUGUUCUGAUACCAGGCGGAGUUGAUGUAGCUGAUACUGUAGCAGAAGAACAUGGAUUUAUAAAUAAAGGACAAAUUGGUAGUCUGACUGAUUAUUAUUUGUUUGAACAUCAGCAUAUAGCAAAAAGAUCUUUAGAAUUUAAUCAUCACCACUAUAGGAAAAUUAGUUCCAAUUCAAAGGUUUUGUGGGUCGAACAACAAUAUACAAAGAAAAGGGUCAAGCGAGACUAUAAGCUCAUUGAAAUUCCUGACCCAUUAUAUCAGGAUCAGUGGUAUCUGCACCAUGGUGGAAAGGGUGGAUAUGACAUGAAUGUUAAACCAGCAUGGGAUAAAGGUUACACAGGAAAAACUGUGGUAGUAACCAUUUUGGAUGAUGGCAUCCAGACUAACCAUCCUGACCUGAUCCAGAAUUUUGAUCAUCUGGCAAGCUUGGAUAUCAAUGGUGGGGACAGUGAUCCAAUGCCUCAGAAUGAUGCAAACAACAAACAUGGAACUCGUUGUGCUGGAGAAGUAGCUGCUACUGCAUACAAUGAAUACUGUGGUGUUGGAAUUGCUUAUAAUGCCAGUAUCGGAGGUGUACGCAUGCUUGAUGGUACUGUAACAGAUGAAGUGGAAGCCAGAGCACUUAAUCUAAAUUCUCAAUAUAUAGACAUUUAUAGUGCCUCAUGGGGUCCUGAAGAUGAUGGUAAAACAGUGGAUGGACCAGGACGUUUAGCAAAGAUUGCUUUUGUUGAUGGUAUCACAAAGGGAAGAAAAGGCUUAGGAUCCAUCUUUGUAUGGGCCUCUGGGAAUGGAGGACGUCAGCAAGACAACUGUAACUGUGAUGGUUACACUAACUCUGUUUACACUUUAUCAAUUAGUAGUGCCACAGAACACGGAAGAAAACCAUGGUACUUGGAGGAAUGCUCUUCUACACUAGCAACAACAUACAGCAGUGGAACACCUCGUGUUGAUCGCAAUGUGGUUACUGUGGACAUGAAUGUGGAUUAUGUACAAAAUUUUAAAAAGGGAGUGAAAUCCAAUCCUAGUGAGUUGUGCACAGAGUCCCACACUGGCACCUCUGCUUCUGCUCCUAUUGCUGCUGCUAUCUGUGCUCUAGCUUUAGAAGCCAAUCCUCAUCUGACUUGGCGAGAUAUGCAGCACUUGGUGAUCCUAACCUCAAGACCUGAACCACUUUCAGAUGAACCUGGCUGGUCAACUAAUGGUGUGGGAAGAAAAUUUAGCCAUAAAUUUGGGUAUGGGCUAAUGGAUGCAGCUGCUAUGGUUCAGUUAGCUAAACAGUGGAAAACAGUACCAGCUCAACAUUUCUGCCAAACUCAAUCAUUCCAUGAAAAAAGAAUUAUUCCAAGUGAUUUUGGAGCACAAGUUGAAGUUACAAUGGAAACUAAUGCAUGCCAGCAAACAAAGCAAGUAAUAAAUCACUUGGAGCAUGUUCAAGUUGAAGUGACACUGUCCUACCAUCCCCGUGGUAAUCUUCACAUCAUUUUGAUUUCUCCCUCUGGCACCAAAUCAUCUGUUCUUCUUCCUAGACCAAGGGAUACAGAUGAUAGAAAUUUUAACAAAUGGCCAUUCCUUUCCACACACUUCUGGGGAGAAUCUGCUAUAGGAACAUGGAAAUUACUUAUAACUGUUGAUGGAAAUAUUCCAUCUCCUGCCUCUGGGACUCUAUACGAAUGGCGUUUGAUAUUUUAUGGUACAGAAGAAGCACCAUUUUAUGUAAUGUCAGCUUCAAGUGAUUCAAACUUUCCUAAACAUAACUUUUCACGCCAGUUAAGUAGGAUACGACAAAUUCCAGAAGGUGCUGACUCAAACAUAAAACUCUGUGCAAAGAAAGGAGAAUUUGCUGAUCUGGAAAAUCUUGGUGUAUGUUUGAGAACAUGUCCUGAUGGACAAUUUGGAGAUGAAGAUAGUGUAUGUCAACACUGCCAUCCACAAUGUAAAACCUGUUAUGGACCAAACAGUGACAACUGCUUUUCUUGUAGAUCUGAGACAUAUCUGAUGGAUGCCUACUGUGUUGAACAUUGUCGUAGUGGCUUCUAUAAGGAUGAAACCCUGCAGCAGUGCCUUCCAUGUAGUAGCAAUUGUGUAACCUGUGAAGGCACCCCUUAUAGGUGCUUGUCAUGUGGUAAAAAUGAAGUCCUACAGAAUGGACACUGUAAUAUCUGUCCAGCUGGUACCUUCAGGUUUUCAGCAGACAGUUGUGUGAAUUGUUUUGACAAUUGUGAGAUUUGUUCAGGAUCAUCCAAAAAUGACUGUCAAUCAUGCCAGUUAGGAUAUAAUCUCUACAAUAGCCAAUGUGUAAAAGAUUGCCUCUCAGGAUACUAUUCACAUCAACAGUUACGCCAGUGUUUCAGGUGUGGUCUACACUGUAGUAUUUGUGAUGAUGAAAAUGUGUGUAGAACUUGCGAACCUGGAUGGAAAUUAACAGAUGCAAAAAUGUGUGUGAGGUCAUCUUUAAAUCUUACUUGUUCUAAGGGUUUUUAUAUUAACAGUGAGCAAGUUUGUGAACCAUGUGACUCUUCUUGUGGAAAUUGCAGUGGUCCAAGCCACUUAGAGUGCAUUACAUGUCCACCCUCUCAAUACUUACAUCUUGGUCAAUGCAUGGAGUCUUGCCCAGUUGGUAUGGGUCAUAGCAAAAAGUAUGAAUGUAUUCCUUGUCCAGAAACGUGUAGUACAUGUAAGGAAUCUGGUCCAGGGAAAUGUCAGAAGUGUCGAGAGAAGUACAUUCUUCAUGAAGACAACUGUAUAGCAUCCUGUCCUUCAAGGUGGUUUAGAGACACAAGAGGAAAGUGCCAACAGUGUCAUUCCUCAUGUUUCACAUGCAUUGAGGGAACUGAAUAUGAGUGCUCCUCUUGCACUAAUGGACAUGCUUUACUUAAUGGACAAUGUCUACAGUCUUGUCUUAAGGGAUAUUAUAAAUACACCUCCAGAAAUAAUAUCACAGAAUGCCUUCCUUGUCAUCACAGUUGUGAAUCAUGUAAAGGCCCAAGUAACAUGGAAUGUACAACAUGUCCUGGGAAUUCAACACAGCAAGAUGGCAAGUGUAUUCCUUGUUUGGAUGAUGAAUAUUAUGACUACAAAACUAAGAAAUGCAAAAAGUGCAAUUUCAGUUGUGCUAGGUGUUUUGGACCACAUGAAAAUCAAUGUGAUGCCUGCAAGUCUCCCCUACGUUUGAACAUAGAACUUAAUAGGUGUAUGCCAUGUUGUGAUAGACAACAUAUACUCUCAAAACAUCCUAAUCCUUGUUGUGACUGUAGCCCAUCAGGACAAUGUACUUUGUCUCCUGGUCAUCCCCGCAGCAUAUGGUUUGGCCAUAAUAGUCAUAAGGAUGGAACAGCAUCAAAUGGGAACCGCAUCUCCACUCAAAGUGCUGUUGCCAUUGUGUUUAUUAUCAGUGGCUCAUCGGUACUUCUAUUUUUUGUUAUUUUUGGCAUUCUGCAAGUUCAAUCAGGCAGCUUCUACAAAACUCAGCAACUUCCAAGAGACUACGAAAGAGUUCCAACUGCUGCUGGAGUCCAUUUUGAUGCAAAAGAGGAACAGGUAGCCUUGACACAAGAAUAUGAAGAUGAAGAAGACAAUCUUUAUGAAAAGACAUGAAGCUGUAUGUUUAAUAUUCCUGUUAAAUUUGUAUCUAUGAAUUAUUAUAUUGAGAUUUCAUGUGUCUUGAAAAAUAUAUUAUCUACUUCUAGAAAUUGUGCCAAAGCAAUUAUGAUUAACAUAAAGGUUGAUUUUUUCCUGUCAACAGUGUUGUAAAUCAUGUGAAGCUGUUGAUUGGAAGAAAAAUAAUUACUGAGACUUUUAUUAUAGUGUAAAGUAAUGCUUAUCAUAGUAGCAUAAUUAUUAUGUUUGUAAAUGACUCAAAUAAAAAAACAAAGAAAAUGCAUAAUUUGUUUUAAGUAGGUACAUUAGUACAUUAGGAUAGUAAUUUGCAGCACUUAUUAUUGUGAACUUCAAAUUGUUCUUACUAUGAUUUUAAUUGGUAUUAAGAAAAAGGCUAUCAGUCUUGGAACCAUUAAACAAAUAAUUAGCAUUGUUACACAGGUUUUAACUUCAUAUUUCAAGUUAAGUAUGUAAAAUACAUCUUUGAAUUACUACUUACCUUUUGACUUAUUGCUUUCUAUUUUGAAAAUUGUAAAUAUUAGACAAGCAAUGAUUUGGUUGUGACUAUUAUUAUUAAUCUAAACAAGUUUAAACUAUUCAGAUUACUGUUCAUUUAUAAUUGAUUUUAUGCUUCAUCUAUCACAUAGUGUUAAAACAGAACUGUAAUGUUAUUUCUGUUUACUUAAACUCUUUCUCUGAAUGUCUUCAAGACAGUUUCAUUUUAUGUAAUUUCAACUGUUUUUAUGUUGUAACUCUGAGUGCUUCAAAGAACACGUUUUAUUAUAUUUUUAAUUUGUAGCUGCCAGAAACAGCGUGUCUAACUACAAACCAAUCAUUAAAAUCUAUAUAAAGAAUACAAUUGUUGGUUUAGUGUGAGAUAAUACUGAAGUCAAUCCGUCCACAUAAUUGGCUAGAGAUGGUGGCUUAUGUCUUUCUUCUUUUACUACUGACUAAUACAUAUGUAAGGACCUUUUUAAGGUUACUGUUCUUCUCAUUUUCUAAGAUUAUAUCUACUUCAAACAUUCUUCAUAUGUUGACAUUUUUGUAAACUUGCAGCUGUUUUUGUGUAUCUGAUUGGUAGCUCAUGUUAAUAAGAAUAAUAUGCUAAACUUCAUUAACACAUAAAAUCAUUAUUUUUCGGUCAAUGAAAUUAUGUUUAAAUUACAAUGAACAGUUGUAUAAUUUUACCAGUUCUUAUCUUAAUAACUAAGUAGCACAUGUAUUACAAAAAUCUAGUAAAAUAAUGUUUACAGACU